AUGAAAGAUGAAUAUGAUGCUUUAAUCCGACAAGGGACUUGGACUUUAGUCUCUCUGCCACCCACCAAAAAGGCUAUUGGUUGUAAAUGGGUAUUUCGUCUAAAGAAAAAUUCUGAUGGCACUAUUGCUCGGCAUAAAGCCAGGUUAGCUGCCAAAGGUUUUCUUCAAACUGAAGAGGAAGAGGUCUACAUGCAUCAGCCCAUUGGUUUUGUUGACACCACCCAUCCUUCCAUGGUUUGCAAACUCAAUAAAGUCUUGAAGACUUCUCACUCCAUCACCAUUCUUUUAAUCUAUGUUGAUGAUAUACUUCUCAUAGGGAGUGACUCCUCUUAUAUUUCUUCUCUCAUUACCCACAUGCACUCUACUUUUUCAAUGAAAGAAUUGGGGCUUCUUAACUAUUUUCUGGGUAUUGCUGUUACCUCUUCCUCCUCAGGUUACUUCUUAUCCCAACAGAAAUAUGCUACUGAAAUUUUAGUCAAGGCUGGUAUGACCAACUGCAAGUCUUCUCCUUCACCUAUGACCAUUACAUCUUCUUCUGAUCCAGCAGCAGACUUGCCUUUCUCUCAGCCUUCCCUCUAUCGAAGUCUUGUUGGUGCCUUGCAAUAUCUGACUAUAACCCGUCCUGACUUAGCUUUUGCUGUCAACCAUGCUUGUCAGUUUCUUCAAACCCCUCUCACCAGUCAUUUUGCUUUGGUUAAGCGACUUCUAAGGUAUCUUAAGGGAACUCUUCAUCUUGGUCUCCAAUUUAGUCCUGGUCGUCUCACUUUACAUGCCUUUUCUGACUCAGAUUGGGCUGGUUGUUCUCUUGAUCGACGAUCUACCACUGGUUACUGUGCAUUUUUAGGUCCAAAUCUCAUCUCUUGGUCAGCAAAGAAAUAG